UCGAUCGAUGUCAAAAUCUACUUUCAACUUGAAGACAAAUUCUGUCGAUAGGAAACUGUACCCCUUUAAAUCGUUCUCUAACGAUGACAGUGUGUGGUUUGCCCUAAAUCACUCCAUCCGUUGUAAUUGUCUCUCGACAUGGUUCCAGAUCUCGAGUCUCAACACUCUUCCCUCAUGGUUCGGGUCACAUUUCACGCCCAAACGUUGUGGCUGUUCACUUUUAGUGAUCUUAAAACGAUUGUGAUCCCAAGCACAAUUUUCGGCAUCAUCAACGCGCUAGCAUCAUCUUUUUUCGGAAUUCCCUCUACUGGGACAGAUCCUAUCAGGAGACUGCCCCUUAUUUUCCUCUGGGUAUGGGCACACCUACUGCCCUUUGCUAUCAACAACCAGAGGGCACCAUUAUCUAUUAUCGAGGACUUAGUCAACAAACCAUGGCGACCGAUACCCCAGGGCCGAAUCUCUCCUAGCCAAGCUAGAGUGUUGAUGCUCUGUCUGUACGCCACCACGCCCCUUAUCAGCACGUUACUCGCCGGUGGUCUACGACAGAGUGUGGCUCUCAUUUUUCUCGGUACCUGGUACAACAACUUCGGCGGUGCUGACAGACACCCCAUCAUGCGCAACGCCAUCAAUGCGCUGGGCUAUUUAUGUUUUGCUUCUGGAGCUAUGGAAGUCUCGCUCGCCUCACCGCUGCCAAUAAACUUCUCUGGCUCUGGUUCCGGCUCGGGUCUUCUCCAAUGGCUAGGCAUCAUUGCAGGUAUAAUUAUCACGACUGUACAUACACAAGACAUGUACGACCAGGAAGGAGAUGCCUUGCGAGGUCGCCGCACCUUGCCGAUUGUCGUUGGCGACGCUUGUGCUCGAUAUAUCACAGCUCUUUCAGUGGCACUCUGGGGGAUUUGCUGCCCUACCUUCUGGGGUGCAGCCCCCGGUAGUAUGGCUUUCAUCGUGAGCUUCGGAUUUGCGAUCAUAGUCGUUAUUAGAACAUUGAUGUGCCGGGACGUCCCGAACGACAAGUUGACAUUUUUAGUAUGGAAUAUAUGGGUUUCUACCGUAUUUAUUCUUCCAAUUUGUUCCCCGAGUCGUAGGGUAUAACUGUGUUUAGUUGUUUUAUUUAAAACCGAGUGAAAAAAACAUCAGAGAUAUGUUUGGCCACUGGUAGUGUAGAGUUAACUGAUCAAUCUAUUAGGUACCCUCACGAUCCGUCGUGCUGUGCGCAGCCCUGGAACCACACCAUUUCC